CUCUUGCUUGAUACAUAUUUGGCAGGGUCAGCGGCUAAGCGAAUUCAGUGUGCGGCGAGCAGCUAACGCGGCGAGUUGCCGAAAAAAAAAACCUAAUUGCCAAAGCCACGCAACGCGGGCAGCACAACACAACAAGAACAACAAACGAAACGCGUGUGAAACGAACAGCACGAGUGAAGCAAACAAGGCGUGCAAACGAGACGCAACACAAACAAAACAGCACUCGCGAUGACGCCGCAGCUUAAAAUAUUUGCUAGCAAUGCUGCUAUUAAAUGUUUAAAAACAACCACAAAACUUAACAGCUCUGUAACAGUAACGCAGCAAAUGCAGCAGCGUCGCUACUCCGCAGCAGCAAAUCCCACAAAAGCGGCGCCAGCAAAGCCGCUGAAGGAGAUGCCGAGCGUGAAUAUGUUGAACAUGAUUUUGGGCUUUCUGCCAGGUGGCAAGUACAAAGGUGCAGAUCUCAAUGAUAUAACAAAUGACAUGCUGCAGGACGGUGACGGCAACAUUGUCAUGAUAAAAGGCAUGUUCGGCAAGCCGCCGCUAAUAUUAACACAAAAUCCCGAUGACUUCGAGACGGUGUUUCGUCACGAAGGUGUUUGGCCCUACCGCAAGGGCUUCGAACUCCUAAACUAUCAUCGCAAUGUGCAUCGUGUUGAUUACUUUGGCGUGGAGUCGGGUCUGGUAACGUCGCAGGAUAAGGCCUGGGCCAAUAUGCGUUCGGCCGUAAAUCCAAUUAUAAUACAACCCAAGAAUGUCAAAUUGUAUUUGGGUCCGUUGGAUAGCAUUAACCAACAGUUUAUAAAGCGCAUAAAACUCAUACGCGAUCCUGAAACUUUAGAGAUGCCCGCUAAUUUUAAAGAUGAGAUCAGCGCCUGGACACUGGAAUCUAUUGGCCGUGUUGCACUGGAUAGACAACUGGGUCUUAUAGAAGAUACCAAUCCCGAAGGACGUCGAUUCUUUACGCUGUUGCAACGCUUCAUUCAACUGGCUGUCGAUUUGGAAAUAAAGCCCUCACUUUGGCGUCAGUUCAAGACGCCCAAAUUGCGUGAGGCCCUCCGCGUAUUGGACGAGGGACUCGAGAUAACAGACAAAUACGUACAGGAGGCGGUGGAACGCAUUGAGAAAUCGACUGAGGUGAAAAGCGAUGCAGAGAAAAGUGUGCUGGAAAAACUGUUGGGUAUCAAUCGUAAAUAUGCGGUUAUUAUGGCCCUGGACAUGAUGUUCGCCGGUGUCGAUACGACAACCAGCACCUUUGCGGCUAUACUACUGGCGCUCGCCCAGCAUCCCGAUAAACAGCAAAAACUACGCACAGAAAUUCUUGGAAUUUUGCCAGCAAAGGAUACGCCUCUUACGGUUGAGUCCAUGAAGAAUUUGCCCUAUUUGCGUGCCUGCAUUAAGGAGACGCUGCGCUUUUAUCCACUGACCUCGGCCAAUGUGCGCAGCACGCGGCAGGAACUGGUGCUCAGCGGUUACACAGUGCCACCGGGCAGUGAAAUUGCCAUGGUCCAUUUGAAUCUGUGGCGCAAUGAGCAGCAUUUCUCGCAGCCGGACCAGUUCAUACCCGAGCGUUGGUUGCGUGAAAAGCAACACGACUCCAUUGACUCGAAUGGCUGUCCCAUGGCCACCAAGUCCAGUCAUCCCUUUGCCUAUUUGCCAUUUGGCUUUGGUUCACGCAGCUGCAUAGGUCGUCGCAUUGCUGAAAUGGAGCUGGAAGUUGGUGUCGCUCGUUUGCUUAGAAACUUUCAAGUAGAGUUUCAUCAUCCGGCUGACAAGCCCUUCAUUGCCUAUCAGCUAUCCACGCCACGCAUUCCGCUGCAGUUCAAGUUGAUCGAUUUAAAGGACUGAGUUUGAGAUUCAGUAUUGCUUUUUUUAUAAACCUGUAUCUGUCGGAAGACAGAUAUAUUGCAUUGCACAUUUGCGACAAUCUUCAAAGUCUUCAUCUUUCUAAUAGGCCCGCAAAUAUAAAAUAUAUUUAGUUUCUAGCUAAGAAGCUGAUUAAA